ACCAAGUGGAGGCCAGUCCAGCGUGCACAUGUCGAAAUGGGCCAUUUUGGCGAUCCAAGUCUGAAGGACCGCUAGCGCGCGUGCAGUGCAGAUCCCUCGCGCCUUAGUUCCAGCGCCCCUGCAAGCAGCAUGCCUCUCUCUGCCUCCCACGAUGCUUCUACGGAGGAGUAUGUGUACAUGUACUGCGAACCAGGCACGCUGCAUCCGAUGCGCGGACACAGAUUCGCACAUGUACCUACACACAAACUACACACAUACUAUGCAAGCAGCACACUCGACCUGGUCAUGAGACAGGCGGUCAAGAACCACGAAAGGCCAGACAUUCUCCAUUUAAUGUCCAACGACCCCUCUGUCUCCCCGCCCUUUCCUCCUGAAUCUCGCUGUCUCGGUCAGAAUCUCGCUGUCUCGGUCAGAAUCCGACUCUCAACCUGAAGUUUGGCGAUGACAGCAGCAAUGGGCUUAACCACCCCGAGCGCCGUGGUGCCCAGCGCGCCCAAGCGCAUCAUCGUGUGUUGCGACGGCACGUGGAUGGACUCGUUGGGAAAGAAGAGCAGUCUCGAGCCUCCGUCCAAUGUGACGCGCAUCUCGCGCGUCAUCUGCCGCAACUGCUGCGACGGCACUCCCCAGAUUAUCAACUACUUUCCCGGAGUCGGCACGGCCGGUGCUCUUGAUCAGUUCACGGGCGGCGCCUUUGGCAUGGGGCUGGACCGGGACAUCCGCGAGGUGUACAACUUCAUCUGCACCAACUACGUCGAAGGCGACUCCAUCAUCCUCGUGGGCUUCUCGCGCGGGGCCUUCACGGCGCGGUCGACGGCCGACAUGAUCGCGUCGCUCGGCCUGUUGACCCCCGAGGGCCUCGACCACUUCUACACCAUCUUCGACGACUACGAGAACAUGGGCGAUCCCUCCCGUAACAAGGACGACUAUCUGGUGCCCGGCCUGGCCGCCUACAACAAGGCGCACGGCCAGGCCAAGAUCGAGUGGGAGAACGCGCGCAUGCUCAAGUACAAGCAGGGCCUGAAGGACGCAACUGACAGCUUUGCGAGGAACCAGCUCGGGUACACGCGAGACACGUUCCGCGACGGCGUGACCGAGAUCAGAAUCAAAGCGCUGGCCGUGUGGGACACGGUGGGCACGCUGGGGAUCCCGCCGGCGCCCGUCAUCGGCGUCCGGGGAUCGGCAGACCAGUGGCGCUUUACGAACACGCAGGUCUCGGACAGGGUGGAGAACGCGUUCCAGGCGCUGGCGCUGGACGAGCCGCGCUUCGCGUUCCGGCCGGCGCUGUGGGAGCGGCUGCCCGGCAGCGCCACCAACCUCAAGCAGGUCUGGUUCCCCGGCACCCACGCCAACGUCGGCGGCGGCUGGUUCGACCAGCACGCCGCCAACAUCACCCUGGCCUGGAUGUGCGACCAGCUGUCCUCGGUCGGCGUCGAGUUCAACUUUGCCCGCAUGACGGCCAUGUUCCGCGACGGCCUGCGCUUCUCGGCCGCGCACCCCUUCCCUUACGCCCCGCCCUCGAGCCGCCGGUCCAGCAUGCUCAUCCCCAAGAUGCUCCGCCGCACCCCGUCCGGCCCGCUGCCGUGGGCCGGCGCCGACGCCGUCUUCAGCCACCCGAACGCGCCGCCCAAGCGCGACGCCGCCGAGUGCGACGGCCGCGACGCGCACCCGGACGCCCCGCCCGCCAAGCUGUGGCAGUACGCCCGGCCGUGGGGCCUUGGCAUGCUGCGCAGCCCCACCAGCACGCUGAUGCUGGCCGCCGGCCGCACGGUGCGGCGCCCGGGGCUAGCGCUGCGCGUCGACGAGGACACCAACGAGGACACGGCCGAGCCGCUGCUAAACACGGCCGAGUCGAUCCACGCCAGCGUGCGCGUACGCCUGGCGUGCGCGGGGCUCGGCCCCGACGACCGCGACACGUGGCCGUGCGACUCCCUGCUGCGCGCCGACGACGGCGCUCCGCUGUGGCGCCUCGAGCGCGCCCCGCCGCGUCCUCCCGCCGCGCCUGUUCCCCGCCCGAGGGAGGUUGAUCUCCCCAGCCGCGAGUACCCCGCCGACGCCCUGUACCCCGUCACCGCUGACGACGUCGGCGCCUGGCGCUGGGUCUACGCCCGCCCCGUCGCCCACGGCGUGCCCCAGGCCACCGUCCUCCCUGAGGAGCCUCUGGUUGGCUACUGGGAGCGCUAUCUGCUGGCCUUGCUGGCCGGCGAGCCCGACUCGUGGGCGUAUGCGAGGCGCGGGCUGCCGAGCGUGUGAGACCAAGAUCAAUACGGUAAAGAGGAAAUCAGGUGGUAUUUCUGUUAACGAAUGGAACACGGGAUCGUUUUGGAUGGGAAUAAGAUUUUAGAAGCUGGAAAAGGGGCCCAGUGUUUGUCUCUGCUCGCUUUUUGUUCGUUUCCUUGUUUCAACUUUUAAUUCUCUUUGGAUCCGGCUUCAAACGGGAUGGAUCUGGCCCAUCUUGGGCAUUUAUUGGUUUGCUGAUGUAGCUGACCGAAUCAGGUCCGGCAGCAUGCAACACAAAAGGAGGGCAUCGGCUUGGAGCAUAGCGUUUUGGAAUAUUGCAGCUAUAUUGAUUAUUGAGUAGAACUAGUGAGCGAAUCGAAUUUGGAUCCAGCUUGGGUUCCGACUUGUUGUUAGUUUCUGAGCGGCUCUUGGUAUGAUGUCG